AUGCCGGGAGGGAGGACCGCCCACUCGAGGUUCAAGAUACCCCUGACCAUUGAUGACGGCGCGUCAUGCAGCUUCACAAAACAGAGUGGCACGGCCAAGCUACUAUCGAAGGCUUCUCUUAUCAUAUGGGACGAGGCCACAAUGACCAAGCGACAGGCGAUCGAGGCAUUAGACAACAGCAUGCGCGACAUCAUGGGCCAACGAGACCGGCCGUUCGGCGGGAAGACUGUCGUGUUCAGCGACGACUUCAGGCAGGUGCUUCCGGUUGUGAGGAAGGGCACACGGGGUCAGAUAAUAGACGUGAGCCUACGUAGUUCCUAUCUAUGGGAGAAGAUGCGGCAGCUCAAGCUCAUGACAAACAUGAGGGCUCAAGCCGACCCGUGGUUCGCUGACUUCUUAUUGCACGUCGGUAAUGGCACCGAGGAGGCCGAUGAAGAAGGAAACAUAAAGCUCCCUGAAGACGUCUGUGUGCCAUCCACUGACAAGGAGAGUGACAUAGAGAGGCUGAUCGACCAUGUGUUCCCGGCUUUAAACACCAGCAUGGCCGACCCGAACUAUAUUACUUCCAGAGCUAUCCUCUCGACGAAGAACGACUGCGUCGACAAAAUAAACAUGCGAAUGAUAGAGUGUUUCAAUGGAGAGGAGAUGGUGUACCAUAGUUUUGACAGCGCGGAGGAUGAUCCGCAUGGUUACUACCCUCCCGAGUUUUUGAACUCACUUACCCCAAACAGGCUGCCUCCGCAUGUUCUUAAAUUGAAGAUCAACUGCCCCAUCAUACUGCUGAGGAAUAUUGACCCGGUUAACGGAUUGUGCAACGGCACACGGCUCAUAGUCCGGGGAUUCUAG